ACUUAGAGAAAAUAGAGAUUUUAUAACAUAAACCUCUAUAAUCUUUUAUUACUAGACAGCGAAGCAACAAUAAAGACUGAAGGUUGCGCCACAUAUUUUUUCUGGAUCUACCGAAGUAAUGAAUGCAUUUGAACAGUCUUACAUUUUCGUUAUAUAUAACAAAUGUAAAUUCUUUAAAGUCUACUCCUCCCCUAAAAAUCUCAUAACCAUUUAUAAUUCCGGAUUAUUUUGAUUUAGCCAAUACAGUUUUAAAAUUAUUUAUCAUUUUUAUUUUCCGGUGUUGACAAUGGCGGGAAGUUUACAAUUUGGAGAAGAUUAUCAUGUUGGACAAGAAAUUGACUUAUUUGGGAAACAGGAUAACCCUCUCAGACCAACCCUGUUCGGGACUGUUCAAAGGAACGGACUGGAUCUGGAUCAGGAAAUCCUGCGACUGGAAGAAGAAGUUGCGCAACUGACUGAAGCAAUUCAGGAGAAGACAACUGUAGUCACAAAAAAAUCACAGGAACUGUAUGAUAUUCAGUAUGGUGAGAAGAAACAGAGACCUGAUGAGGAAAUUCUAACUGAAGUCCAGCGAUUACAGUCACAGAUUGAAAGAAGCAAGGAGAUCACAGGUGUGUCUGUGGAAAAGUUCAACAAACAGAUAGUGGACUCAGAGAGGUUAACAAGGUUUAGUGUAGGGGGCACUGUUCUGGGAAAUGAAUACGGUGUGCAGUUCGAGGUGAAAACGUCUGAGGAGGGUCCUGUGACUGUUGAGAACCUGAAUGUGAUGGUAGGGGAGGAGAUUUUACAGAGACUACAUGAACCUCUGCUACAGAUCAGCGACAACAAUUCUUUGAGCUUGUUCUUCUCCCUGAUUGGAGAUUUUUCUCGAUGGACUAAUCAGAGACAGGAAACCUUUCAACACUUCACACAGAAAUACCCAGAGAGUGUCUCCAUGGAUCCUGAUGACUCAUCCGUUCUGGUGCUCCAAAAUCCUUACAUUGCCAAUAGCCCAGCCCUUUGUGUGUGUUGGGACUUCACUAUCAACCCAUUAUGUCAGUUCCAUCCUGACCUUAGACUAGAGGUUAUCAUCCACAAGCAGUUGCAGGAAGCAGACAGGGAAGGUGUGAUGAAGAAAGCCCCCCUGAUGUUCCAGAAGAUGCUGGCCUCCUACGGGAUUGAAAGAAGUAUCGACUCCAUGGUACAGCUGAUCACCGGAUCCUGAUGUGAAAUUGAGGCUCUCGUUCAUCAGCAGUCAAGUGAUUACCAGAAACUGAUGUGAAAUUGAGGCUCUCAUUAAUUAACAGUCAAGUGAUCACCAGAAACUGAUGUGAAAUUGAGGCUCUCAUUAAUUAGCAGUCAAGUGAUCACCAGAAACUGAUGUGAAAUUGAGGCUUUCAUGUGUUAUUAGUCAAGAUGAACUCGUACAUGCUGGUGUAGCUGCAAUAAUGUAGCCCUCUCUGAUUUUUUUUUUUUUUUUUUUUUUUAGGGAGAGGGCUACAACUCCUUAGGAUCUCCGUAAUGGUGCAAAUGCGGGAGUGAUUCACUCCCGCAACAUUUACGCUAAUUCUAAACAUUUCCUGACUUUCUUUACGUAAAUAAAAUGAUAUUCUAUGUUUCUUAGUCAAUAUAUAAAUUUACAACCUUCAAUUUUAGAUUUGUGAGGCUCUAUUCUACCGUUUUCAACAAUUUUGAUAAAUUCCAAUUCCUCGAUUCAUAUUUGUGCGCCAUGUUUGAUGUACUGAAGUUUCAACUUCCGAUUGUCAAGUGAUUUGCAUAUGCCAUAUAAGGUAGUAUUUACAUCAAUGGACAAGUAUGGAGGCGAAAGCUAUUUCGUCGGUAUUGAAAAGGUUUGAAUAUAAUAUCAAGUUAAAAACCGAACAGCAGAGUGUAAAUUCUUUCUGCAACAAUAUGAUUUUCCUUUCUUUGUCGAAGUGGCUCGAGUAACUACAUUUUCGCGCUGAUUGUCAAUGUUUAGGUUUUUCAUUAGAUCCACCUACGAGAUCUCGCGAUAACAAGCAUGGCGGAGCAGACGAAGAAUUUUGCAUGCUGUACAUUAUAUUUAAUGAAAAACACCUUUAUUAGACAUGCCCGAGCACAAAGUUGGUACUCCUUUUGGUGUAAACAACAUUUGGGACUAAUACACAGAGUUUAUUAUCGGUUAUUCAUAAAAUUAUUUUGCACCAUUACGGAGAUCCUAUGGAAUUGUAGCUCUAUCCCGAAAACGUCAGAAUAAAAAAAAUUGGAUAGGGCUACAUUAUUGCAGCUAAUACUGGUGGUUCAUGAAAACUGCAGUGAAAUUAUAAACCUCUGUUUUUGUGUCCAACAAAAUCUCAAAAGUUCGGAAGUCAUUCUUCACCACUUCCUCCAGGAUUUAGACAAGAUAUGAUCAUUGGGAUGUCAGGUACCUCAGUAUCCUGAACAAUACUGACUGACUGUGUAUGGGAUAGCUCUAAUGUACCAAACAAUCAGGAAGGUCGCUUUUGAUGACAGGAGUCUGACUUUAUUGUGUUUUGUUUAUAGUGUCAUGAUAAUAUAAAAUUAUAGUACAGUAUAUUUAUUCGUGAUGAUAAAUUAUCUUAUCAAUAUUUAUUCAUUCAUGAUUAUACAUGUACAUUAUAGUACUGGGUAUUAUCAAUAUUUUUUCAUGAUAAUAAAUUACAGUACAGUUAU